AUGGAUCAUUUGGUUCUUAUACCACAAGAUUUUAAUCUUGCCUUGACAUCCGAAAAGUUACCGCACGACAAUGUGACUGUUUGGAGCAAUCAGCGUAUUGCGCAAGGAACCAUCUAUUAUCCUUUUCAAGGCACCGUAAGAAUUGACAAAUUAAAUGUCUUUUCAACAAUCAAUGACGAUGAUAUAAGACAUCGUUUUGGUCUUUAUGAUGAAAUCACAUACACACUUGGACGAAAAGUAAGAAAUUGUAAUUGGGUGAGAUUUCUCCGAACUGCUGGAACUUAUGGGCCACAAGUGAACGUUGUAUGCACAAAAAUUAGCGGUGAAGUGAUUUAUGAAGUUGUUAAACCCAUUCCAAUGCACCAUGAGUUGAUUGUUUAUUACCUACCGGAAAGACCCGAAGAAUUAUUUCUCGGACAUAUGAAGAAUUCUUUCUACAGACGCACAAUGGAUUCAAUUCUUGAAGACUCACCUUUGGACUUGUCAAUGUCACUUGUUGCUGAUGUGAUUCCGCCAAUUGCAUCGCCUACUAACACCGAAGAUGAAAGAAAAUCGAUUUCUGGUGAUUCUUAUACAUCAUCAGGCAACAGCAGUUCCGGUGACUUGAUGGACACAACAAUUGCAGUACCAACGAAACAGCGAGCGCCUCGUGGAGAAAGAAAUCUUCUACCAUGUGAAGUUUGCGGAAAAGCAUUCGAUCGUCCAAGUCUUCUUAAACGUCACAUGCGGACACAUACUGGUGAAAAGCCGCACGUAUGCAAUGUAUGUGGAAAAGGUUUCAGCACAUCAAGCUCGUUAAACACUCAUCGACGUAUUCAUUCAGGCGAAAAACCUCACGAAUGUCCCGUUUGUGGCAAACGCUUCACAGCUAGCUCCAAUCUUUAUUAUCACAGAAUGACUCACAUAAAGGAAAAACCACACAAAUGCAGUCUCUGUUCGAAGUCAUUUCCAACGCCCGGUGAUCUCCGUUCUCAUAUGUACGUUCACAGUGGAUCGUGGCCUUUCAAAUGUCAAAUCUGUUCGAGAGGAUUCAGUAAGCAGACAAAUCUUAAAAAUCAUCUCUUCUUGCACACCGGCGAUAAGCCCCAUCAUUGUGAGCUUUGUGGCAAGAAAUUUGCACUAGCAUGCAAUCUGAGAGCACACAUGAAAACACAUGAAGACGAACCCCAAGAACAGUGCGUUCGAUGUGGAAAAGAUUUCUUGGUUGCAUCUGCUGAGAUAAAAGAAGGAAUUUGUCGUAAAUGUGAAGAUGAACCGAUCUGUGUUGAUGAUCCUGAAGAAGAAGUAGUGGAAGCUGUCACAAUUCGUCAUAAGAAGUUCAGCAAUAAAACCUUAAAUAAUCCAAUCUCAGCACACUAAACAAAUAAUUAAAUUCAAUAUCAAGUACAAAGUUUCUCAUACGUCAUCUAAUCGCACGCACUUUAAAGCCAAAAUCUUACCAGGAGUACUUUCAUUGUUUGUUUAAUUCACACCGAUUCAUCCAUAUUAAAAAUUCAUUCCUGU